AGAGCGCUCCACUUCGGGUUCUUGUUGUGCUUGAAGUUGCACGAGUAUGAAUGGCGGCCAAAAUUACAAUUAUUAGUCUGGCGUGUCUGCAGUGAUUGCCCCCACUUGUGUGGAGUCUGAACUAACCGUUAGACUUGCAUGGUGUUGCUAUCUCGCUUGCACGGCAGAGUGUGGACUGGCUUUAGACGGGAGUCGAAUGCAUUAAUGUACCACCAGGAUGUCAGAUAACCACACUGACCGGAUCCUGCAGAAAUGGUACACAAACCUCCGUCAGAUGAGAGUGACAAAGAAUCUGCUCGAAGCAUUGUGCGGCAAACAGGUGAUUGACGACGACGACAAAGGAAACAUAUUGAAGACUGAAGCAGGCCAUGACAGACCCGAACUGGCAAAGGCUGAUGCACUGCUGGAAUUGGUAAAGGGUCGUGGAAGUACAUCGUUCUACGCCUUCCGCGAUGCCCUUGGGGAGUCCACAAUAAAGCAUAACCGGUCGCUUGCUGAUCUGCUCACAGCGCAAGCAGAAGAAUGUGUGCCUCGGGGUGCUUCGAUGCCACAGCCUCCCAGUACGCUGACAUUGGGAAGUGCCUGCAGAAUCCCCCAAGGGCGAUGCAGCGACGGCCACCCCCAACCGGGAACAAGUAUCAAGGAAGCCAUUGAAGCGCACCGAGACAUCAUCUGCAGUGAGCUGAACGUGUCAGGUGAUUUGCUUUCUCAUCUUCUCCAAGACAAGGUAUUCGGCGAGGAACAAAAGCAGCAUAUUCUCUAUCACGAAGCUGGCCACACCAGAAAGCCGGAGGAUCAGGUGAGUGAAUAUAAAUCAUGCGUUUGA